UGCAGCCCGCAGCCAGCCGGGGCCGGGGCGGCCGCAUGUGCGAAGUGGGGACGCGGCCGCCGCUGGCCGCCGAGCGCGGGGAGCCGCCCGGGGGUGCCGCCGCCGCCGAGAGGUGCCGAGACAUGGGAGAACAGCCCAUCUUCACCACCAGAGCCAUGUCUUCCAAAUUGACCCCAGCACGAAGAAGAACUGGGUUCCUGCAAGCAAGCAGGCUGUAACUGUUUCCUACUUCUAUGACAGCACGAGAAACAGCUAUCGGAUUAUCAGUGUGGAUGGAGCCAAGGUGAUCAUAAACAGCACAAUCACACCCAACAUGACCUUCACUAAAACGUCGCAGAAGUUCGGGCAGUGGGCAGACAGCAGAGCCAACACUGUGUUUGGGCUGGGCUUUCCCUCAGAGCAGCAGCUGACAAAGUUUGCAGAGAAGUUCCAAGAAGUAAAAGAGGCUGCCAAACUAGCAAGAGACAGAUCUCAAGAAAAAAUUGAGACCUCAAGCAAUCAUUCCCAGACCAGCUUUGCAGCCAAGAUGAAAAGGGAGAUGCAGGAGACACCCAGUGUUCGUUUGUGUGUUGUGCUGCAGGAGUCUGGACGUGAAACACCAUCCUCCACUCGAGCUUCUAGUGUGAAUGGCACAGACGAUGAGAAGGCAUCACAUGGUGGCCCUGCUGAGGCACAUCUCAAGUCUGAGAAUGAUAAAUUAAAAAUUGCUCUAGCCCAAAGUUCAUCCAAUGUGAAGAAGUGGGAGACGGAGCUGCAGACGCUGCGGGAGAGCAACGCCCGGCUGUCCACAGCACUGCAGGAGUCUGCAGCCAGCAUCGAGCACUGGAAGAAGCAGUUCUCAGCCUGCAAGGAGGAGAACGACCAGCUGAGGAGCAAGAUUGAAGAACUGGAGGAACAGUGCAAUGAAAUAAAUAAAGAGAAGGAAAGAAAUGCGCAACUGAGUAGACGUCUCCAAGAACUGGAAACAGAACUUCAGGACAAAGAACUGGAACUGGAAGAGCUCCGAAAGCAGGGUGAAAUUAUACCAGAGCUAAUGUCAGAAUGUGAAUCUGUAUCUGAGCAAUUACAGGCUGCUGAGAAAAAGAACAAAGAUCUUGAAGAGAAAGUCAGAACACUAAGGACAGAAGUCGAAGAGAGUAAACACAGGCAGACCAACCUUAAAACUGAAUUAAAGAAUUUUUUAGAUGUACUGGACGGGAAGAUAGAUGAAUUACACGAUUUCCGACAAGGACUGUCUAAACUUGGGGUUGACAAUUAGAUGGCAAUAGAUCUUUUUUGUAAUCUAGGGUCUGGAUGUUUGAUGUUUUGUUGAUCCCAAACAUGUGUUUUACGAAAUAUAACUAGAAUGUUCCACUUGUUUGCAUUGGUUUUGUACAUAGAGGCUGAAAAUUUGCUGUGGGGGUUUUUUUGGUGGGUUUCUUGUUUUGUUUGUUUAUUUACCAAACCAAUCGUGCUGCUCACUGAAUUCUGUUGAGAUUAGAAACUUUCUAUAUUGCUGCUCUGGCUUUGUGGGGUUGGGAACAGGUAGAGGGUUCUGUCUCAGGAAUCUGGAACUAGAUCUACCUUAAAAUGAAUAUGCAGUUAGUUGUUGCAGGGAAAUUUAUAUCUUUCUUAAGGGCUGUUGCAACCAUAGAAACAGAAAACAAGUCUUUUUCCUGUCCGAACUAUCAGCACUCUUAGCAACAAAGACUUUUAUUCCUUGGAGGAGUAGAGAGAUUAUCUGGAGCUCCUGCAGUUUGUAAAAUGUGCCUGUGGUGAGCUGCAGUCAAGUGAAUCACUUCACACAGAUGUCAGGAUCUAUAGGGACCACGUCAAUCAGGCCUGAUUCACCAAAAAAAAAAAACAACAAAAAAAAAAAACCAAAAAACCCAAACAAAGUGCAGUGGAUUUCAGAUAACCUCUGACAGAGGUUACAUUUGCUUGCCUGGACCCAUACAGCACAAAGUCAAUGAUGUAGAAAUGAGUUUCAGCUCUUGAAGUCAUGAGUCUUACCCAGUUGGUGAGGACAGCUUCUCUUGCUUAGCAGCAUCACCUCUCUUUAGCCUUCAGUUUUGAACCCAUACAGUCCCUUCAUUAUGUGCAUCUCUGAAAAAUGCCUACCUGAGUCUGGGGACCAGAUAUUUAUUUUUAAAAGUAAUAUGUUGCUGGUUUGUACAUGACUCAUGCCCCUCUGUGCAACUUGAUCACUGUUGAUUAACUUCUGCAGCAGUGAAGAAGGAGACAAUGCAUAAAAGCAUUAUAAGGUUACUUGAAGGUGCUACUCAGAAGCAAGUUUCUGCCCACAAGUCUGUCAGGGCCAUGACCACAUGAAAUGAAAAUCCUUUCCUAUGAUUUCUGCAUUCUUUGGCAAUAGGGUGAGAAUUAGUCACCAAGUUAUACUGUACAA